AUGAAGAAGGUUCAGUUCAAUGAAGCGCAAGAUAAGGACUUGUUGAAAGAUAAAGGAGCGGAGGAACAUGAUGACGAGUCGAUUGAAUAUGUUCAGCCCUGGGAUCGAGCAAAAGUCCAACCAAAGGUGGAAAAGCUCCCCACUGCCACAAAAUUCCACGUGAACAUUUGGCUCCGCCGCGUAUUUGGCUUCCUAUUCUUGAUAACAAACUCCUUUUUUGAAAUCCUAUCAGCAGUAUCAUUUUCCGUUGUCGUUUAUCAUCUCCAUCCGUCCUUCCAAAAAGCGGAAAAUGAAGCAACAAGUUUACUUUUGUACUCUCAAAAGGCGAAUCUGGCGUUUUGGGGACUCCUCAUUCCGGAUUUUUUCACGAUAGUUUACUCGACUUAUUUCAUUUUGAGACAAGCAGCCAAAACAUGGAACGCGGGAAAACCAAAGAUCAAAAUCGACAACCGAAAAACUGCAAUUUGGAAGACUGGCCAGACAAAGCCGAUGAUUUUCGUCUGCACGACACUUUGGCACGAGACCUUUGAGGAAAUGUACCAAUUAGCGACCUCUCUCGUUCGCUUGAUAAGAGAUCAUGCGGCGAAAAAAGACACAGCGGAUUCUUACGACAUGGAAAUUCAUGUAUUUUUCGACAAUGUUUUUGAAACGGUCGAAGAAAAGGUCGUUUUGAAUGAAUUUGUCAAUUCUUUCAUCAGAGCUGUGACGAAAGCGCUGAGGUUGUUUCAAAUGGAAGAUUUUUUGAAGAAAGGAACUGUUAUUGUUACUCCAUAUGGUGGAAGAAUAGAGUAUGAAAUCCUCGGCAUUCAAUUGGUAAUUCAUUUGAAAGACGCGACGAAAGUUAAGGCUGGAAAAAGAUGGAGUCAAGUCAUGUACUUGUACUACUUGAUCGGCUGGAAGAUCGACACUUGCCGAGCUGAGAAAAACAAUGCUCCUUUUGUAAAAGACAAGUCUUUCAUUCUAACUCUCGAUGGCGACGUUGAUUUUCAUCCCUCUUCAGUCGAGCUUUGCCUGAAUCGACUUCUGAGAAACGAUGAUGUAGCUGCUUGUUGCGGCCGAAUUGUCCCAGUUGGAUCUUCCUGGCUAAUUUGGUACCAGCGAUUUGAAUAUGCUGUUGGUCAUUGGCUGAUGAAAUCGGCCGAGCAUGUUCUUGGUUGUGUCCUUUGCUCGCCAGGUUGUUUCUCGCUUUAUAGAAUGAGUUUUCUAGCAAAACCGAAUGUAAUGGCCAAGUACAAGUCUUACGCUGAGUCGCCAAUGGAGAAGCUUCAGUUCGAUCAGGGAGAAGAUAGGUGGCUCUGUACUUUGAUUCUGCUUGCUGGUGGAAGAAUUGAAUACGAAUCUGCAGCGAGUUGUAACACCUUUGCCCCAGAAGACCUCGAAACCUUCUACAAACAGCGACGUAGAUGGGGCCCCUCAACAACUGCCAACAUCUGGAAUUUAAUUCAACAGAGCUACGAAAUCCGCCGAUCAAACCAAUACAUCUCCCUUCUUUACAUCACUUACCAACUUUUGAUCCUCGUCUUUAGCAUAAUCGCUCUUUCAACAACGCUGACUCUCGUCGCGGAGGGACUAAAUCUUGGAGCUUUCCAAAACUUAUCGCGACUUCCGUGCUAUUUGAUCGUUAUCGUCCCGGCCGCUCUCUUUGCCAUUAUUUGCUUUUUAUCAGACAAUUCUGAGCUACAGCUUUCUUUGGCCUUCUGGUUUUCGAUGGGAUACGCAUUUAUCAUGGCGGCGGUGUUGAUUGGCAUGCUCAUUACUGGAAUCCAAUGUCCACUCAAUCCCUCGUUUUUAUUCUUCCUGAUUUUGAUUGCGCUGAAAGUUUUAGCUGGAAUUUUGCAUUUUGAUUUCAAGAGCUUGAUUUGCGGAGUUGUUUACUUUUUGUUCAUUCCAUCUUGCUUCAUUUUCUUACAACUUUAUUCAAUUGCGAAUCUUGACGAUGUUUCUUGGGGAACUCGACAACUCAAGAAAACCGCGAAAGAAAAAGAAGAUGGGGAGAACGAAGAUGAAGAGGAGGAUGCAGGUUGUCUUGGAAGAUGUCUCGGAAAGGGCUGCUUCCGGUACUGUACUUGCGUUAUUUGCCUUCCUCCAAAUCACCAAGUAAAACCAACAAGAUCUGCUGAUGACAAGAAAAAGACCAAAAAGAAAACAACAGUUGUUGAACAACCAACAGUCGCGGAUGAAGAUUUAUUUCGAAAUGUUCAAGAUGGGCCGAGAAAAACGGUCAUCGCAGCUGCCAGCGGGGAUGAAGACGGCGAUUCCGGAACUGAGGCGAUUGUUGUUACUGGCUUCAAUGAGCAGUUUAUCACUCCAGAGCGGCUUUUUGGCGGCUUCAAGAUCAAGAAACUUCGCCGAGUCGAAGAAGAAUAUAUUUACAUGUAUCUGUCGAAUCCUCGGACGAAGAAGUACCAGCCGAUUCCUGAAGAUUGGACUCCACUUCAAUUUGAGCAUGUUCUUGAAAGGGAGCAAUUUCUAAAUCGCGAUUCGAAGUACUUCUCUUGGUUUCUUGAUGACACGAUUAAUUUAUCUUCUGGCUGCAAAGUCUACUCCCUCUCGAAUCCUGAAUAUCAAUUUUGGCAGGAGAUGGCAGAUGCUGAUACUGGUCAUAUUGGUAUCAGGACAAAGGGUCGUUUCGAGAAACGAGUGAAAGAACAAGAACUCGUUCUGGCGGAAGAACUAACUGGUUUCAAGCGAAAAAUGUAUCUUCUUUAUAUUUUCGCAAAUCUUCUCUGGAUGACAGUGUCUGUCUUGGUAAUCAAAUAUAGCGAAGAUUUAUUGAGCAUCGAUAUCAUACUCGAAGACAUGCCCGGAUUGGAAGGAAAAUGCACGAAAGAAACGGAUUUAACUGGUUUUCUGUCUCACUCCAAUUUCAAUAGCACUGGAGACAACGAAGAAACCGAGCCGAUUGUUCUUAGUCUCCAGCCAUUUACGAUGUUCUUUCUUAUUUUUUACAUCAUUUUGACAUCAACUCAGUUUAUUGCGAUGCUCUGGAAUCGUCUCUCUGCUCUCUAUCAUGUUAUUUCUCAAAUCGAUGUGCAAAAGGAGCGAGAAAAGAUCAAAAGAGUUGAAGCUGACAGAGCGCAGAUUCUCGCAAACUCGAAUUUCGACGAUGACGAUGACGGAAAUCGUGAUUAUGCGAUGACGACAAUGACUGAGCAGUCCAUGUUUGAUGAUGGAAUGGAUCCGUUUGCUUCCUUCAAUGUUCAGAAAAUCGAAGAUGAAAUGGAUGAUCUCCCGAAAAUUGGAUUUCGAAAUGGCGGGUUCUUGCAAGAAGAUAGCGACAGUGGAAUACAAAAAGAUAGAGUUAUGUUUGUUGGAGCCCAAAAGGGCCUUUCCACUGCUUAUCGACCGACUGUUGUUGUCAAAGGUCGUGAGGAAGAAGAUGAGCCCGUAAGUCCUUUCGGGUCAUACCGCCCGACUAAAGUCGAAAGUAAAUCCGAGUUACCUCCAAUCCAAAGCAAUGGCAGCUUCAAAAACUAUCGAGCAACAAAAAUCAUCAAGUCUAACCGGACCUCUUCGGAAGCCGAGGAAGAUCCCUCAAAAACGGUUCAAUUUUCUUCCUCAAAAAAGUUCAAUAAUUACCGAGCGACGAUGAUGGUCAAGCCAAAGAUGGAAUCUUCUUCAGACGAUGAUUCGGCUGAUAAAACUGUCAAGUUCGAGGACUCCCAGACGAAAGAGAAAAAGAAGAAGAGCGGUUUGAGUAGAAAAUAUAGACCGACCAUUAUGGUACCGGCAAAACGGGCUUCUUCUGAAGAAGAUUCAGAUAUACAAAAGAAGCGGAAGAUAAAGUUCUCAGCUGAGGAUGAAAAAAGAACUUAUCGACCGUCUGAAGGACUCGACGAAGCGAAUCAAGACAUACAAUUCAAUAUCUCCGCAGCAAGCGAUGAAAACUCUUCAGCGGAGAAUGAUGAACCCGAAGAGUCGAGCAUUUCAAGGGCGUAUCGGCCAACGAUGGUGAUGAAAUCAAACAAGUUAGGAUACGUUGAAACUGCUCCUAUGGCCAGAGUCGCUUUUCAAGACCCAGAGGAUCCACCACAAAAUGAGGAAGAAAGAGCGACUCCUUCGAAACCAAGAAAGACUAGAAAGAAAAAGAAGAAAGCGAGACCUUCAUCUGCUGUUUAA